AUUCUUUUCCAAAAUGAUAGAGACUCUGAACACUUCGAUUAGUUCGCACCCACUAACAAUCCGAGUCUGAAGUUUCGGCUUGCAUAAAGGGAAUCCACGGACGAGAAGUUUCUUGUGACCUCGGCCAGACUUUCUCAGGGUAUCUCGAUGGCUCGAGGCUCCACCAGGAGAGAUUCAGAGUCCUUACAGAUAUAGGGUGCGAAAGGGGAGAAGACGAGCGCGCGGUUCGACUCAAGUUGCUCCCACAGCAGAGACCUACUCACGGUGUCGAAAUAUUUGCAUAUCUCCCAGGAUGCUUGGGUACUUGUUUCUGCUGUCCUUGCUGGCGGGCACGGCGUACAGCGGCUGCCCGAACGGCUGGGUCAAAAACAGCGGGAGCUGCUACUACUUCAACGCGGACCCGACCACGUUCUCCAAGGCGGCCGGGACUUGCCGGACGCUCAGGAGCUCCCUCUUCGUCCUGCCGGCUUCCAGGGACGAGAAUUAUUUCGUGGGAAACAACGUGAAGUACUCGGGGACGUGGGUCGCCAACGUGAGGCCAGACGAGACCAGGCAGACGUCGGGUGGAUACGACAACUACGACAGCGCGACGAACAAAGAUCCGGCGUUUGACGACUUCUCCUACAUGUACCCGCGCCAGUGGCAAAACGGGGACUGCAGCCUGAAGAAAGGGUUCAUCUGCGAGCUGGCCCCGUUCCCCGCAGCUGGGUGCGACCCGCUCCUGGGCCUCAAACCGGCUGGGACUCUCAAGUGCUUCCGGAUCUUCCCCGAGAGCCAGGUGACCUAUGGCGAAGCCCAGGCGGCCUGCUUGACGAAAGUGGCCGGGAAGCUCCUGGUGGUUGACUCUCUCACCACCCAGACGGCUGUCGCCAACGAAAUGAAGCUGGUCGUCAUGAACCCUACUCUCCAGAGAACGACGAAGGACUUUUGGAUCGGGCUUAGCCGGCCGAACCGGGAUGGGAGCUUCCAGUGGCAGGACGGGACCCCACAGGCCAAUGCGGUCAACGACUGGUGGGACGGGAACCAGAGCCCUUCCACCGCCGGCGACUGCGCCUACAUGUUCCCGUCCAAGUGGGCCACCAUCUCUUCCGACUCCGCGAGGGAGAACACGACCCUCGGGGUGGUGUGCAAGGGGGGCAUGGGGUCCAUGACGGUGUCCAACGUUGCGAGCGUCUUCUCGACUCUCACCAAUUUUUUCCUCUCUUUCUUUUGA